GCUGCUGGCGUUGCCAUGGACUGCUGCAUGGACCUCUGCCUGUCCCCCGAAGAGGCCGAGAAGCGCAGGAUCAACAGAGCCAUCAAUAGGCAACUGCAACGUGAUAAGAGAGAGUACCAGCGUGCCAUCAAGCUCCUCUUUUUAGGGACGGCGGAGAGCGGCAAGAGCACCUUCCUCAAGCAGAUGCGCAUCCUCCAUGGCAACGGCUACACUGAGGCCCAGCGGAUUCCCUUUGCUCGCUUGGUGUGCCACAACGUGGUCACCUCCAUCCAAGCGCUGAUCGAGGCCAUGCGGGUCUUCUGCGCAGACUACGCGGACAAACGCAACCUUGCCCUGGCGGAACGUCUGAGGCAAGUGGAGGCCGAGAAGGUGGACAGGUUGGAGGCUUGGCAGGUGCGCGCCAUCAAGAUUUUGUGGAGCGAUUCCGGCCUUCAGCACUGCUACGAGCGAAGACGUGAAUUCCACCUGUCCGAUUCGGCCAAAUAUUACUUCAACGACAUAGAUCGAAUCACUGCACCGGGUUACAUCCCUAAUGUGCAAGACAUCUUGAGGGUCCGCGUCCCCACCACGGGCAUCAUCGAGUACCCUUUCCUUAUAAAGGACGUUAUCUUCAGGAUGGUGGACGUGGGCGGUCAGAGUUCUGAAAGGAGGAAGUGGAUCCACUGCAUGGACAACGUCAUUUCCAUCGUCUUCCUGGGCGCUCUCAAUGAGUACGACAGCGUCAUGCUUGAGAACCCCGCACAUAAUCGGAUGGAAGAGAGCUUGGCUUUGUUCGAGACCAUCGUCAAGUACCCGUGGUUUAGCGAGACCUCCUUCAUCCUCUUCCUGAACAAGAAGGACCUGCUGGAGGACAAAGUCCAGCAUUCGGAUGUGGCCACCUACUUCCCGCAGUACAAGGGGCCUCGGAAGGACGCCAAACACGCCCAAGUGUUUUUCCUGGAGCUUUACAAGAUUCCGCACAAGGGCCACAGGAAGCCUCUGUUCAUGCACUACACCUGCGCCACCGACACCAGCAACGCCAAAGUGGUCUUCAACAGUGUCAAGGACACCAUCUUCAGAGAAAUCUUGGAAUUCACUCAGCUAUAGUCAGCUUUUGGAAUGAAUUGACUUUAAUAUGUUGUUGCAGCUUUAACCAUCCCAUAAAAGCAGCAAGGUACAUUAUGGUUUCUUUCCAUUGGUUCAUUUUUUUUUAAGCAAAGACUUUAAAAACUGUUUUGGCAAAAGUCGUCUGUGGUGAAAUGCGACCAAACCCUACUUGCGGUUCUGCGAGGAGGAAAUACAAUGUCUUUGUUUUUGCUAAUUAACAGAUGCUCAAUUUACAACAAGUUAAAUUGCAAGAGUGAUGUGACAAGAAAAUUGCCCUACUGCACCUCCCAAUCACAAUGGGCUCAAGGUUGGAAGGCUUGCACAGACUAGACUAGUCAACUAGUCGAUUGCUAACGGUUAGCAUCAAUAGAUGCAGAUUUACAACCAUUUAAGCAAUGGUUAUUUAGGGGAGGACAAAACAGAUUAAAGGCAAGUUUCCAUUCAUUUUCAGUUUUGAGCUACAAGCGUGGUCACAAAUUCAACUUGUCUCUCAAGGCGCCGCUGUAUUUUUAUGACGGCUUAUUAACCAAAAGGGCCGACUAACCAAGCGUUUCACUGCGUAGGUUUAUGAUGAACAUGCGUGCCAGAUUAGAUUUUUUUUUUCCUUAUCUGUAUUGAAGGCCUUUUUUUUUUGUAUGUUGAAGAUGACUUAUACUGUCUAAAAAAAAUAAAUACAAAUCAAGCGAUUUCAA